AUGAUUUCUAAAUUUUUUUUACUUGCUUUUCUUUGUCCAAUUUCAUGUCUAGCUGGUGGUUUUAGAAAGUUUGGUGGAAGUAGUGAAGAACUUCAUCAUUUGCAUUGUGAUCGUAGUGCCGGUGGUAACAGUGGUGCGAUUGGUGGUUCAAGUGGCGGGGGUGAAGGGAAUGGAUAUGGCGGGGUAAUAGGCCGUGGAAAUGGAGGAUCUGGCAGUGGAGGUGGUGGUUAUGGAGGAUCUGGUGGUGGAGGAAUAGAUGGCAGUUAUGGCCAUGAACAUGUAGCAUUUGGUGGUGGAGGAAUAGGUGGAAGUUAUGGUGAUGGAAAUGGAGAAUCUGGUAGGAGAGGUACAAGUAGUGGUUACGGUGGCUGUAAUGGAGGAGUGAUCGGUGGUGGCUAUAGUGAUGAAAAUGGAGUAAUUGGAAGAAGAGGUGAUGUUGGUGUUGGAAGUGGAGCAGGUGGCAAUGGAGAUAAUGACGGUACGGGUAAUGAUGAUUGUGAGAGUGAGACAAAAUUUUUUAAUCAGCUCCCACCAUAA